GUCGCGUUGCCGGCGAGUUGCUCAGAACGGUGCGAGCGCGGCCGCCAGUGCCGAGCGUCGAGCGAGCGUGGUUGAUAGCGCGUCGUCUGAAAAAAUUGACAGUUCUGCGCGUGCCGUCCGAGCGGCAGGUUCGAGUUCGAAACCCGAGAGUGGUGCUUGUUUGUUACAAAAUGGCGUUCAACGGCGAAGGACCGCACAAUAAAAGACAAAGGACCGAAGUGGACACAGUGAACAAUCGGGGCCACAACACCGGCAGCUACGUCGUCAGCGAGGAGCCGCGCCGAAAACGACAAGAAGAGGGUAAACCGAAUCACGUUUUGCUCUUCACCAUCAUCAACCCCAUGUACCCGAUAACAGUCGAUGUUUUGCACACGAUAUGUCAGUCAAGUGGAAAUGUGCUACGAAUCGUCAUAUUCAAGAAGAACGGCGUCCAGGCCAUGGUGGAGUUUGACGGUGUCGAUUCGGCCGUUAGGGCGAAGGAGACGCUAAAUGGGGCCGAUAUUUACUCCGGAUGUUGUACAUUGAAGAUUGAUUUCGCCAAGCCUGAUAAAUUAAACGUUCACAAAAAUGACUCGGAAAGCUGGGACUACACUGUAUCAAUGGUUCCAGCUAAAGAUAACGCAAAUGGCCGCCCCCAACCGUUGCUACAAGAACCCCAUUACGGUUCCAGACCACAACCAUACAGUGUAGAUCCAUAUCCAAGUGAGCAGGCACGUUACGAGGACAUGUGCGGCGGGGGAACCGGUGGUCCCGGAUAUGGCGAAUCAUUCACAGGUGAAACAUACAGAAAGUCUGGCGCCACGGUGGUGACGCCCGUCGCCACCGAAUAUCGCGAUCAGCGCAACUUUCAGCAACCCGGCGCCGUGCUGAUGGUCUAUGGCCUCGAUCCCAUACGCACCAACGCCGAUAAAUUAUUCAAUCUCAUGUGUUUGUACGGAAACGUGGCGAGGAUCAAGUUUUUAAAGUCAAAGGAGGGCACCGCAAUGGUACAAAUGGGCGACGGCGUUGCGGUCGAACGCUGCGUGCAAUACUUGAAUAAUGUCAAUGUGGGUUUGACGGGGGCGGCGCCUGUCUGCCACAGCAACACCAACCUGGACGAGGUGUCCGCGAUGGAGCACAAACUUCAGCUGGCGUUCAGCAAGCAGCCUUAUCUCAGUGAGGUGACGAAUCCCUACCCACUGCCGGAUAAGUCGCCCUCCUACAAAGAGUACAUCACGAAUAAAAACAAUCGUUUUAUGAAUCCGGCGAUGGCGAGUAAAAAUCGAAUUCAACCACCGAGCAAGAUCUUGCACUUCUUCAACACACCGCCGCAGGUCACCGAAGAAGAGUUGAUACAGGUAUUCAAAGAUUACGAUGUGAUUCCUCCCAAAGCAGUCAAAUUAUUCCCCAUGAAGUCGGAGCGCUCCAGUUCGGGACUGCUCGAAUUUGAAACCACGACGGAAGCUGUCGCCGCCGUAAUGGCGUGCAAUCACGCCGCCAUCGAAAGUCCAGGCACAAAGUUCCCAUUCAUAAUGAAGCUGUGCUUCUCGUCGUCGCGCAGUAUGUCCAUACGAAAUGGCGAGAACAAUUCCAAUGGCUCGACUGACAGACGCAUGGAACAGGACCAGUAAGACAUGAACCAGUAAACUACAGCUACAUUAAUUCUCCAUCUUUUCGUUUUAAUUCUCUUUAACAAAAAUCUGCGACACGUGAAUGAGAAAUGUUGAAUUUUGUUGACGUUUGCGCCAUAAUGUAAAAGUCGGAUGAUAAAAUAACGCGAACCCCAAUCGGAACUACAGAAGAAACAAAUUGAAAAUGAAUUACAUAUCUUCAUACAUCACAACAUAUUACUACUACUGAAUCAUAUUUAUCGUCGAGAGGAAAAUAGAGAUUUAUUUAUUUAAAAUUUAGUAGCACGAUAUAAAUAAUUGAUAUAUAAUUUUUAUCUCAUCUUAAAUUUUAGUUCGAUGUGUAAACAAUUCUUUGUUAUUGUAGUGUUUAGUAUACGGAAGAAAAGCAAAAUAUUCCGGUGUUGUUAAGUUGUGAAUUAAUGUUCAUCAGGCAAACUGUCUCUCUGUCUCUGCGUGUUUAGUUUGAACUUUGAAAUUAGCUAAAGCGAGGAGUGACGAACGUCUCAUAGUAUUAAAAUCAAGAAUGAAAGCAUGCGGUCGAUAAAAUAUUCCAGGCAGGCGAAGUUUUGACGCAAAUCUAGGACAUCACCUUUGCGAGUGCAAUAAACAUUUUUAGCUACACUCCACACAGUGCACAUGUUUGCCGCCGAAUUCCUGGAGUAUUUUGACCGAGAACAAGCUUCUACGGAGAGAGGUAACAAGAUAAAAUAAUACUACAAACAAAUGCAGACGAUGAAAAAACACCCAACCGAAAGUUACACACUUAUCGCAAAAUUUUGAAGAAGUUAGACAAAUAGUACGUAAUACAUAUCGCUAAUGAUUAUAAUUAAUUACAUAUUUAAUUACGGUAUUGAAUGACAAACAAGACAUUUUUGACUAGGUAGGGUUUAUCUAACGGUAACAUUUAACAAAACAACAUUGCAACGAGUUUUAUUAGAAUUAUUUAUUUGUAUAGCUUUAGCGUUUACUAUUUAUAAUGAGCGUGGAGGAUGAAGGCAAACAUUGAUAUCGGCAUAAUGUUUUAGUGGCGGUUGACUUGUUUCGCUAUCGGAAAUAUUAGAUACUCUCCAGGACUAAUAUAUGAACAGAUUCAUGUGUGGGAAAAAAGUAUAAAAGACAACGCAAAUAUUAAUUUUAAUAUUACCAAGAAUUGAUACACGAGAGUAUUUUUUAUAUAAAUCUGCUUAUUAGGCGUACACGAGAUACAUACAUUAAAUAAGUACAUUAUUUCACACUACCAAUUCCCCCUGGUACCAAAUAGAGUUUUAAUAUCUAAAGGUAAUAUCUAAACUAUUAGCGCGCGACGUAUUCAUUAUUAUAAUAUUAAUAUUCAGCAAUUAAAUUGCCAAAGGAAUGAGAUUCGCGGGAAUAUGGUUGAAUUCACGCCUAAAGGACCCAAAUUUUAACAAAAACACAUCUUAGAAUAACAAAUAUACUGUUUACUGUUUUUUCGACCAGUUUCAUGCCAACCAAUAUUUAAAAACUAACUAAUUAGAUGAUAUUUUUUGAAUCUUUAAAGAGUAUCAUUUCAAACCACAAGUAUCAGCAACUUGUAAAUAUAUAUCUCAAGUAAAUACAUCACAAUUCAAUUUUGCCAACUGUAUUUAAAUUUUAAAAAGAAAUGCAGAAUGAAACAUAUAAAGAGAUAAACUACUUAAAGAAUUACAAGAGAGAUUUAUUAAUUUAUUGAUGGAUUAAAGGAAAUGUGUCAAAUUAGUGCAAUAAUUUAAUUAUUUAAAUAAUUAACUUGGAAAUUACAGUGAUCUCUAGAAGGUUGCGCGAAUGUCAAGAUUUCUACAUACAUUUCAUGGAUUUCCAGCAAUGACGAAAGUGGAAAUAUAAAACAUAUACAUAUUCGAAAACAUAUCAGACAACAAAAGAAGUUUUAAUUCGUAAAUAAUCAUUUUAAUAUCAAUUGGCUGAGACGAAAUUUGCACUUUUAUUCGAUAUACUUGCUUGAUAAAUUUUACAUCAAUACAACAUAAACCUACUAAACACUUGCAUAUAAUAACUAAAUGUUUUGAGCUAAAUGUGCUAUCAAUUACUAUGACGAACGCAAAUCGAUGGUAAAGUAGGUUUGGGCGAUAAAACUAGCUUUCUUCAGUGUUAAUUUUAAACUUUCGUCCAUAAUUAUUAAAUUAGAUGAAACAAGAAUGAAGAGCAACCAAAACGUUACCUGCGAAAAUUGUAUAGGGAUUAUUUAGGAUGUUUUAAUGAAGGAGCGAACAUAAAUUAAAGGUUCAUCACUUUUAUUAGUUGAAUGUCUUCCUACGAGCUUGCGUCUUAAUUUAGAUUUUAGUGAAUAAUCUACUGUGUACCUUACAAACGAAAAGAAUUGGUAACUGAUUUGUUUUCUCUCGUGACUAUCUUUUUGACUGUGAACGUAUUAAUUUGUUGGUAGCUUUCGAGAUGACCGCGGAGGAAAUUUAUUAGAUUGAGACGCAAGUAGUUAACUCGAUGUCAAUAAUAGUAGUACUUUCUCUGUCUGUAAACUCUGUAAACUUAAAAUUUUCACACAUUUACACACCCACAAUACAAAUUUGCAAACAAUGAAACACACUAACAACACUUGGAAUAACGUACACACAACACGAUCAGAAACACAUUGAAUUAUACAAAAGAAAAAAGCGAACAAUAUCUUUUAAGACAAAUGUGCAAUAACAAUAUUGAAGUUAUGCAAUGUGCAACUGUGUGUACAAGAUGAAGACUUGUUUCUUCACCUCUUCCUUUUCGAAUAUCGACUAUACGUUUUAUGUAUGUAAUAUUGAACUCAAUGAAAUGGAAUCUAGAAAAUACAUAUUAUGAAAAAAAGACAGUUAAAUUUAGGAUAGUGUAUCAUAUCAUUAUAGUAUUAAAUGAAUCAAUCUCGAAUGUUAGUGCUUAGGUAAGAAAAAUUAACGAAUAAUUAAAUUCAACCCGAUGAGCGUGGACGAGCAACAAAACGAAUACGACGACAAAACAAACGACGUGUCAAACUCUUUCAUUCGUUUGCAAGUUAUUCCAAUCACGCGAGAGGACCAAACACAAUCGGGAAAUGUAGGAAAUAUUUAUUAAAGUAAUUGAAAUCGAAAUAACAUAUUAAAUAAUUAAUAGGGUACAACUAAUUGGAAGACGAAUGAAAGAGUUUGCUGCGUUGUGUGCGCAUUGGCGAAACAUGUAAGAGUCUCAACAAAAUUUAAUUAUUUAACUAAUUUUAUAUGUUUAGAUGGUGAUGAUUAGGUGAUAUUUGACAAGUUUUAAUGAUUUUUUUGUUUGAUUUUUUUGUCGGAGGGAAAUAUUAACGAACCUAUUAUGUGUUGGUUAGUAUUUUAGUAUUGUAUAGUAAUAGAUGUCCCGCAUGGAGUAAAAAACACUAAAUGUAAUAGAUUCACGAAAAAAGUGCGCUAGUUUCGUAUGUUUUAUUAUUGUAAUGUUACGCAAAUUGUUUAUUUCAACUGUUAUUUCGACUUAUUUGUAAGAAAUUGGUACACACACUCUGGUAUAUGUGUCGAAGAUUGUUCCUUGUUUAUUUAAAUUAAUUAAUGAUUCGAUUGAUGCCGUGUGAAAAUUGAGCGAUGAUUUUAUUCGACGAAUGGUUGAGGAUGAACUGAAAUAGAUAAAUGACGACAUUGAAAAUAACAACAACAACAACAACAACAUCAACACAAACCACCGACAUUUGUGCAUCCAUACACAAAGGAAUGACAACUUUACAUCUACAACAUCUUAUACCAUACCUAUUCUAAUACAUCAUUACAUAUAAUAUGCUAAAAUACAUAUUAAAAUUAUUAUACUAUACAUAUAAAUAAUUGUACUUGUCGUAAUGGAAAAUAUGAUAAUGAUAAAAAGAAAACACAAGAAAGAACAACUUAGUUGAGUCAAUUAUCUGUGCCUCUAGCUGGUGGUAGUAUCUUUUUCACACUAUGACGUGUUUCAGUUUUUGUUUGAGCAAAGUUUUGUUUUAGUAGAACACAUUCUCACACACAUUUGCUAACGUUAAUUUGGUAUUGCGAUACUUUUGUUCCUUUAGAGCACCUUAUAAUUAGUCAAUACUAAACUAAGACUUCCGUUGCUUGCCUUGAUGUCAUCGUUUUUGUUUAGCAGUCGCUGUUUUUGGAAUCAUACCUGCCUUUUACACUUUUGUACGCUUUCGCUUAAGAGACUUCAUUUACUCGAGAAGUUACAGUACCCACAAACUAACAACCCCUCAAGCCCCAAAUGAACCAAUUCCACUUGAAUUUACAGCAACCGCAACAAUGUAUAACAGCACAUCAUCAACAACAUCAGAACAACAUUACCUACAUCAACUUAUACUUAAACUGUAAUUUUUAUGAUUUUUUAAUGCCUCUACUACUGGACCUGAAUAUCCUGUUGUUUGUCUCUGUGAUACUCUGCCGCUUGGAAGCACGAAGCGGCGUUUUAUGCAUAUAAAAGACAAAUUGUUACUUAUUUAUUAAUUCGUGUUUAGUUCAGUGUUAGCUAUAGGGCGUUAGAUAUUUGAAUAUUUAGAAAUUUACUGUUUGUUUCCUCUUUUUGACUAUUUAUUAAGUUUAACUAAUUAUUAUUAUUAUAUCUCUAGAGUAUAGAUUAGUUAUUUAUUAUAUCAAUUACGCGAUAGAUUUUUCAAUUAGUUGUAAAACACUCACAGAGACUAAACUCGGAUAUGAGUACGCCAAUCUCGAAUGAUUCACCAUAUUUAUUUUUCGUCCCAAAUCACAAUCAAAACAAUGAAAACCCAAUACAAUAAGAAACAUCAUGUUCUUACACGUUCAAAAAUACAUCAAUAUUAAUUUCGAAUUAACUAUACAACAUGAUUAUACUUUACAACCGAAAACAAAUCAACAAACUGAACCCACAUCUGCAUAUAAAUACAAAACUUAAGACUCAUUUCUGUUUAAAAAGAAAUUCACGUUUACCGCUUUGGGUUCAAAUCGUAACGAAAUGGACUAAAACGUGUGUAAAAUCUUUGAAUCGAAACAACCAUCACAACCAACAAGAACGAACAAAUAUAGACAUAUUGACUUUUUUAAAGGGUUUAAAAAAGUUUUGAACAAAAGUAUAUAAACAAACAAAAUAAAGUAAAAAAAAACGAUACAUUAUUUUAAAUGUAUGAUGUAUUUUCUGAGCUAUGUGUAUAUAAAAAAUAAUGUAAUUAUAUACAAAAGACGGGUGAAUAUACCAAACAACAAAAGAACGAAGAAUAAUGACAAACAAUGACAACUUACAUUGAUGAUAACAAUUUAAUAAUAAUUCGACAAGUAUUAUAUAUAAAUAAUUACUAAACAAAAAAGAAAACGCGUAAUGAUAUGCCAAAUCGCUAGUAAUUUGUAUUCGUAACCAGAUUUAUUGUUGUUGAACGAAACCAAAAAGUACAAUUAUUAUCUUGCCCGAGAGAUGGUGGAAUCUGUUGUUCGAAAGUCAUAGGCGACAAAAAUGCAUCGUGGUUGUGAAGACAAAUUAACUAGGCUCAGUAUUACUGAAAGUCAAUUCGUUUUUUCAAAGUAUAAUAAUUGUUGUAUAUAAGUUAUAAUUGAUAUGGAUAUAUUUCAAUUGCUGAAAUAAUUUAAUGAUAAAUGAUUAUGAUAUACAUAUAUGAAUUAAUAACAUAAAUAUAAAUAUAUAUAGAAAUAUAUAUAAAUAUAAGUAAAGUAUAAGAAUGAGUGAAUGAAGAAUAUAGAAAUAUGAAUGACAACUACGGUGAAAAUAAUAAACGAGCAAAAAUA